UCCGUUAGAUCUCACUGCGUCUAGCAGCCUGUCUCGUACAGCAGCCUUUCUGGUCCUUUCCGGUCUUUAGCUUGCUCUCCUCUCAACUGCUGCUGCUCAGCCUGAAAUGUGGCUGGCCGUGUGUCGCCUCCGACACACAGACAAACGGCGACGUCAACGCAGUCCAAUCCAAUGCCACCGACGGCAGUUCUCACCAAGAGAUCAUAGCGGGGCAAAAUCUAAGGUGUUCCCUCGGAUGCUGCCGCCUACUCAGUAGACCAGUUGGGUGACCACGGUUACACCAGUUGUCGGACAGUCGCAACGACUGUACGCUCUGUGUAUGAGAGGAAGUUUUAGAUCAAAGCAACGGAACAGCAGCAUUCAGAGGUCGGCAAGGUCGCCGCUCGGAGGAGUAAGAAGCAUCAAGGAAGUCAAGACUAACGUCAGUCUAUCCACCCAGAUCGUGUGCUGCCUAACCUGAAAGCCGAUGGCCUAACAAUGAAACGACGGGACCGAGGCUAUCAGUGUGUGCAGAAGAGCGAGACCAACCGUCACGACGCGUGUUAGCAAUGUCCAGUGUGGCAGUGAGUGUGCGCAGAGCAGAGCUAAGCAAGAAGCAACAUUGCUCCAUUGAUACUCGCUACUAUUUUUCUAUGUGGAAGCAAAACGAAGACGAAGGACAUGGACAAAAGACGCAAAACUUAAGAUACAGUGAAAUAGGCGAAACCAUCGAGAAGUGGACUUGUUUCGAUGUGUUCAUGGUACUGUCCUAACCUUUGCUGAAAAAUGCUCGACGCUAUGCCACCUCGCAUUCGUGUCUCCUCGACGUCCUGCUGUGUAAAGGCAGUUAAUUGGUAUAUUGGUGAAGAUAUUCAGAAAACAGGUGUCGCGAUGGAGACAUCGAAGUUCAGCCUGAUCUGUCAUGGCAAAAGACGUGAGACCCUUUCGUCCAACACGAUUAUGCAGCUUUUCCCAAAAUUCGAACCUCUCACCAAAAUUCCAGGCAUCAUGGACCACCUGUGCGGCGAAGUCAGUGAGUCAACAAAGAAUCAAUUCAGGCUCGUGAAUUUUAUUGACACCCCAGGACUUGUUGACGGCGCAGACAGGUACACGUAUGAUAUCGACUCAGCCAUGGACGUGAUCGCUGCAAUGGCCGACUUGAUUUUCGUCUUCAUCGAUCCGCAGGGACAGGCGCUCUGUCAAAGGACAAUAACUCAUAUUGAGCGGUUCUGCAGAAAUCAUGCCCAGAAGUUGUCGCUGUGGCUGACAAAAUGCGACCUCGUCGAGGACGAAGCUGAUCGCCUAAAGGUUAUGCAGCAGGUUUCCGCGGAGCUGGCACGUCGGCCAGCCAUCGCACGCGAAAACCUUUGGCUCUAUCCGAUCUUCAUCCCGGGCCUAUCCAAAAAUCAGCCAAAUGCCCUGAACCAGCUUUCUGAAUCGCUAAAACUCAUUGAAAGGGCUAUCUCUAUAAACCUUCAGGAUAACGUACUGCAAAAAAUGAUUUCGCACUGCGACCACAUCAGCAAGAUUAUCGGAGAAAGACGUGAUUCGGAAGAGUAUCAUGUCCAGAGUCGCUGUUUUCUAUCGGGCACCUGCGCGGUGAUACCAAUCUGUGUAAUGAUGGUGACCCUUGUUGUGCUUGUAUUCUAUGUUUUGGAUCGCCAAGUACUGAAACAGUGGGUUGAUGGAAUCGGCUUACCUCACACCGUCAUCGUUACCUGGGACCAAUUCCAUAAUAUUCCUGCAGCAUUCGAAAUACCCGUGCUCCUGGGUGGACUCAUAAUAAUCGCCGCUAUGGGGCUGUUGGCAACAAGCUUCACGCCGAAAAUGAUCACGCUCGAUGAGCCUACGAACGAAAUGAUUAAGCGACUGAGUGUCACGGCGAACCUGGUCGACGGGAUUCGGAAGGAAGCCAAAAAUCUUUACGAUGAAUACCUCGAGAACACGUUAGACCUUUAGAAAGCAGAACACCUUUUAACCUCAUCAACUACAGCCUUUAAGAAAAAGUGCUUUCUCGAUAUAGCGACGAUAUGAAGGACGCUGUCCAGUAAGGCACGUUGAUUUCACUGAACAUUUAACUUCCCUUGGAAGAAGUUCCUCGGCAAAGAGCAACGACGACGACGACGACGACGACGACGACGACGACGACGAUGACGACGACGACGACAACGACGACGACGACGACGACGACAAUGGCUAUAACGAUAAUAACUCCAAUAACAGCACAGACUAUUGAAUAUUUGUCUUUAUUUUACUUUUUAAGUGCGGAUGAAAAAACCUUUAAUGGACUAAAUACUCUUUUGAAUAAGCACUAUAAAUCUUACUGUGAACUAAUCAAUCGUAUGGCUUUGCUCAAAGUAUCGGCUAGCAAUUUGUUCGGUUAUCUAUUGUAAAAUUGACGGGGCAUACCACAAUAGUACGCUCGCAGAAAAUCUAUCUGCGACAUUGUUUACUGCGAAGCUCGAUUUAGCGUUUUCAGUGUUGUGGCCUUUCAUUUCAUCUUUUGACUAAAUACAAUUCAAUUCGGUAGUCGUUGGCCCUUUUUGUGUACAGGAUCUCAACGGUAAUCUUUAUCGCGUUUAGCAGGGACACAUAGACGAUUUUUCUGUAGUUCUAUAUUGGCAUUGUGUUGCAUGGACGAGGAGCGAAACACCAUGUUCGAUUUAUUUGAUAUACCACAGAGUAAACGGCCCAAUCGGAGAAAGGAGUACCUGGCUCUCAUCGUUGACGAACCCCUCUACCCCUUCAUAAAGUAUAAUUCACUAAAAUAAUUGACAACUUGAACGCAAUGCCAGUAACAACGGUGCAUAUGGAAUGAAAUAAUAAUAAACUUC